AUGUCUCGCCGGUACAAUCUCCGUUCGCGCGCUGACAGGCCUGUGUCGCCCGCGCACUCCAUUCCCGGUGAGUACCAAAACACUCCGGAAGCCGAGACCACUGAUGUUGCGCUUGAUCGCAGCGGUAGCGGGACGCCUUCGCGCGCACCCAGCCCCUCCGCCGUGAUCCCUGGACUGUCCUAUAGCCAGGCAGUAACGUCGCGUAGCCCUUCGCCGGUGUCUAACGCCGGGAAGGAGGCUUCUGUUGUGAAGUCAGAAAAUAUAUCUCGCUCGCUAGCGGCGCCUACCAGCCUGGCUAGCAGCGAAAGUUCCUCGUCCGAUGAUACCGUCCGCAAAGCUGACAAGCCUGAUGCAGACGACGGACAGGGAGCGUGGAUCACCGUUGGCCCACGACGCCGCCCUCGAAGCCUCGAUUCUGCAGAUUGGACUUCAAGCCUCCGCCAACUUGCGGGAGGAUCGGGCCUGCCAAGCCGUGAGCAGUUAAGUGUUUUUGCUGCGGCUGAGGGAACUCUGAGUCCAGAUGACCGGACUCGGUAA